GGAAACAGCCACAGAACAAAAAAAAAAAAAUAUUCAUAUUGACAUUGACAGAUCGUGUUUGUGAUUUGAUGAUGUAUGUUUCCAUUUUUUUUUGUUUUAUUUGUUUGGAACUAAUUACUACACUACACACAAUUAUUAAAAAAAAAAAUUUAACUCAGAGUUUGUAGCCGCCACUUGAGUUUCAGCAUGAUUCAUAUCCAAUAAAGUUUUCCAGAAUGUCUAGUUUGAAUGCCGAUGUUAUUGACGAAAUUGUACAAAAAUGCAUCGAUACUUAUAUGAAAUUAACGAAGAACGGGAAACCUGUAGAUAAAGAAUGGACCGUGUUAUCUUGUAUACUACAAUAUGAUAGAGUUACUUCGUCUUUCGAAGUUGUUUCUUUAGGUACGGGCUCCAAAUGUAUUGGUGCUAGCAAAAUGUCUCCAGCAGGCGAUUUGUUAAAUGAUAGUCACGCUGAAGUGAUAGCAAAGAGAGGUUUUCUCGUUUACCUUUACGACAAUAUAGGGAAAGUUUUAGAUAAGAAAAAAUCUAUAUUUUUAAUUGAAAAUGGUAAGUUUAAGUUAAUGGACAAUAUUGAAUUUAUAUUUUAUUCAUCUCAAAUGCCUUGUGGUGAUGCAGCAAUAAUGCCCAAAUCUGUAGAUGAAGAGCAUGUUGGUGAGGUGAUAAGUUCAAAGAAGCGUCAAGCAAAUGAAGAUAUUUUUGAAUUAGAUCUAAAAAAACAGAAAUUGGAUACUCAAGAUAUCCAUAGAACUGGAGCUAAAUGUUUGUCUCACAAUCAACAAGAUCCAAAAGCUGAAGGUACAAAUUAUCAUCUACUCGGGCAGGUGCGAACUAAGCCUGGACGAGGGGACAGAACUUUGUCAGUGUCUUGUAGUGACAAAAUGGCAAGAUGGAUAUAUAUGGGAAUACAAGGUUCACUUUUAGAUAUGCUGCUUGUGAACCCAAUCUAUUUGUCAUCAAUAAUAUUUGGCGGUGGUGUACCAUAUUCUGAAAAGUCAUUGAUAAGAGCCUGCUUAGAAAGAAAUUCUUUAGAUUCAUUAGUAAAUAUAGAUACAGUGCCUAACUUUCAUCAAUCUUCUGUUGUCUUCCCAAAUGUUAAAAAUGGAUGCUGUGUAAGACCUGCUCCAGGAAGUAUUGUAUGGAUUAGUUUAGAUCACAUUAUAACUGAAGUAGCUGUACAAGGAAGAAAGCUUGGAGUAACAAAGAAGAAAGCAAUAUUACCUGAAAAUUCUUUGUGUGUAAGUAAAUACAAUUUGUAUAAAAGAUUUUUACAGAUUUCGAUGAAAAUACAAUCCCAAGGAAUUGAUUUAAAAUUGAAUAUAAUUAAAGAAACACCCUACAAUGAAGCAAAACUCAAAUCAAAAAGAUACAUAGAGAAAUGGAAAAAAGUAAAAGAUUAUUUUUUCAAAACUUGGACAGUUAAACCUGACAUUUGGGAUUUCAUUGUUAAUUAAAUGGGUAGUUUGUAUUUUGAGUUUUAAUGUUUUGGGGAUUUAAUAAAUAAUUUAUUUUGUUCUAA